AUGUCAUUCUUUAUGAUUUCAACUAUACAUCGAAGAAAUCUCUUGUUUCCACUGCUGGCAAAAGAAUGUCAUGUUUAUUUUUGCCAAAAAAAUCUAAUAAACAAGGGAAAUUUGCUCGAAGAAAGUUACAAAUUCUCGAAAUAUCUCUCAACUUUAACAGGAUCUUCACAAAAGAUAAAGAUUCAAUUACAUCCGACGAAAAUACCCGCCAACACUUCAGAAGUCUCGCCGACGAUAAUUGACAUUCCUCGACCAGAAACCAAUAGAUAUGGAAACCCGUUUCCUCCUCGUCGAAUCUAUCUCCAUAAUUUAUAUUAUCUCAAAGUGCAUUACAAUCGACUCCUAUUCAUCCUGCAGCAUAAUAACCUUACGAUACCCGAACAAUUGGAACUACGUAAAUCUCUAACAAAAGUUAAUGCGGAACUUUUGGUGAUUCGACUAGGAAUCUUUCGAGCAAUAUUACAACUAACGGGUACAUAUGAAAAUUUAACGCCGUUGCUUGUGGGACCGACGUGUAUUAUAACUUCUAAUGUGUCGGACGAAGAGAAUCCAAACUUAAUCAAAGAUCUUCUUGCGAUAAUUAACAAAAAUAAAAAAUUACUUCUUGUUGGAGGAAAAUUGGACGAGAGUUUAGUGAAUAUACAAGAUAUUGAACGUGCUUCAAAGUUGCCUGGAAUUCACACCUUGCGCGCUGAACUGGUGGGAAUUAUUAGUUCCCCGGCAUCAAAGAUAUCUCAAAUGCUUUCACAAACCCCGCAAAAUCUUUUAUUGAACUUAGAAUCUCACAAGACGAAAUUGGCUAAUCAAGAAAAAAAGUAA